GAGCGACGGUCCGUAGUCUAGGCGUAGAGUCUACUCAUGAUCAGCUCCCCGGCCAAGGCGAAAUACUAGACCAAAUCGCCAGGGCCCAGGGAAGCAUCACGCGAGCUCAUCGCUUCAAGUCAGCACGUAACUCCAACUUGUCCAAGGUUGCUGUUCCAAUGAAGCAGAACUGGUGGCAGAAGUGUAAAAAUUAUCAUAAAAUUCUCUGACGGACAUGCCAUAAUAAUAUGUUACUGCAGCUAUAAUUAUUAUUGAAGUCCUCUAUCGAUUCGUGGGCUACUAGUGCUACAAAGCAAGACGCCUCCUGCAACGUAUAGCGGGAUCAGCCGCUGGACAGCGAGACGAUCGAGGCUGACCACUUGUGUAGCAACAAGCCACCGGCGGUCUCAGCACAUGCACAUGUAGAAGGAGUUGUAGUACGACAGCAGUAGCAGGGGUGAACAUCAGCCAUUUCCUUCUCAAGCAAUGGCGGACGGCAAGUUAUUUCCACCGAUUGAACCAUGGAAGACAGGCAUGCUGAAGGUCAGCGAACUGCACUCGAUGUACUAUGAGGUCUCUGGUAAUCCGGAAGGACGUCCCGUGCUGGUUGUACAUGGAGGUCCAGGCUCUGGCUCACGCCCAAUCUACCGUCAGUUCUACGACCCUGAGGCGUACAUGAUCAUCUUGUUUGACCAGCGCGGAGCUGGAAAGUCUACGCCGUUCUGCGAGCUUAAGGAGAACACAACGUUUGAUCUUGUCGAGGACAUGGAGAAGCUACGACUUCACUUAGAAAUUGACAAGUGGGUGCUGGCCGGUGGAAGCUGGGGGUCUACGCUGGCUCUUACUUAUGCAUGUUGUCAUGCCGACAGAGUCAUGGCAAUUGUUAUGUUUGGCAUAUUGACAUGCCGCAAGAGUGAAAUCGACUGGCUGUUCAACGGAGGAGCUGGCAACGUGUUUCCCGAGUACUGGCAGCGGUUCGCUGACCCCAUACCGGAGGAUGAGCGUGGUGACAUGGUGCAAGCCUAUCACAAGAGGAUAACCGGAGAUGACCCAGAGGAGGUGGCCAGGUGCGCGCUGGCCUGGUCCCAGUGGGAGUGCGCCUCGGAGAAUUUCCUGAUCAGCGAGGAGCGCAUACGCAGCGCCGGCGACGACUGGGCCAUCUGCAGAGCCAAGCAUGAAUGCCACUACUUAGCCCACGGCGGAUUCUUCAGCUCCCGGUGGCCACGAGAGGACAACGCUCUGCUGGAUCAGAUUGAGAAGACUAUCCAGCACGUGCCGGGCACCAUUGUGCAGAGUCGCUAUGACAUGAUAUGCCCAAUGAAGACCGCUUGGGAUUUACACCAGAGAUGGAAGAAGGCCGAGUUCGUCGUCGUCCCCGAUGCCGGCCACAGCCCAGCGCAUCCGAACGUGCAGGCGGCGUUCCUGAAAGCAAUCGACCGCUUCAAAGAUGCCAGCCUGUGAUCUCAGCGUGAUUGGGCAACUAGCUAUUGACUCCCAGCUAUACAACUUACAAGCAUCCGUAAAUAAUGAGCAGUAUCGUGGAGGGAACUUGCGAGACGCAGCUCGUAAGACAAACUGAUGUUCGGUCAAUGAAACAACUUACCCAAGUUACCGGUACCCUGUUCUUGACUUGCCUGCAUGUAUCCGAAACUCUAGCUGCAGGGCUACAGCUGGCCUCGUUGAUCUGAGAUGACCGGUGACAUAUUUUCGCGGAUGUGCCGAGAGCCUAAAAAUAUAAUCAUUAUGUAAAGCUAUGAAUAGAAUUAGACAGUGCGCACUCAUUACUCCGACACAAAAGGCAAGGUAGGUCAAGCGUUUUCCAAUAACGUAUUCUUGCCAUUGUGCCUAAUGAUUGCACCUACCAGUGCGUGAAACUCUCGAGUCAUUUUCCUGGUGACCAUUGUUUAUCUUCAGAUAUUAAUACAAUACUUUUUUUGAAGUAAUAAUUAUCACCCGUACUGUUGCUACUGCAUCAAAAUUCUGAGGGACGCCUUACGACGCACUGAGGUAACCUAAACUCUAUCUAGCGUUGGUCCUGGAGAAGCUACUGCGCACUUCAUGGCAGCACUGGCUACACCACGGACCAUGACCGAUGUCGACUGCAAAUGAAGGCUAAGAAUAACAGCUUGUGCUACUAGCAUGGAUUCUCAUGAUCAUGUCUAAUUUUUCUAAAACCUGGCUUUUAAAUGAAUCACCGAAUAUUUGGCGAGGUGGAGGGAUAUGCUAUUGAGAAACCGGAUGGAUACAAUUUUGAAAUAUAUUACUUAUUUUAUGCCAACCCUCUAGCUUGAUGACUCUGGUCAGUUUUAGCCUGGGAGUAUUUUACUACUCGCUCGUUUUAGCCAUUGUUUGUUUUGUUUCUAGUCACAAUCCAUGUUUACACCGGAAGAGUUUAUCACUAUGCAAGUUGCAAUAAUUGAAGAGUGACUGCCCCUGAACCACUUGGAGUAGUUAAA